CCGGCAGAGCAGCCUGUCCUCUCACAAGGACGCACCUAUCUCCUCCUGCCUCUGCGCGUCUCUGCGCACAGAGGAUCAGAUCGAUGUGCCGGCCAGAAAGGAAAAGACUGCUGGGAAAUAACAUGGAUGAACACUUUUCUCCACACAUCUGUGACGGACAUUCAAGGCGGAUUUCAUACUUUGGUUUUCUAAUGAGAGCUGAUCAAAAGCGUCGAGCGCCAACAGUGUUUUUUUGGAAAAAUGUAUCACCUCAGUUUGUCUACGGAGCCUUCUUCAAAUUAAGUUCUAGUUAGAAAUAAAAGUAGUCCGGGAUUAAGGACUUUAUUUUCAGAGUUGUCACAGACUGACAGAGGAGGAGACGCUGCAGAAAGUUCCUCUUUAUACGGAGUUUAGCCUGAGAUGGAGCCAGAGGAGGGGAAAAUUUCGGUGUGGGUCUGCCGGGAGGAAAAGCUCGUCUCUGGGCUAACUAAGAGAACUACCUGCGCUGAUGUGGUCCGAGUCCUGCUGGAAGACCAGAACCUCCAGCAGGGCGCCUCGGCGGCGAUGCUGUCCGGCUGUCCGCAGUCCUACUGUGUGGUGGAGAAAUGGAGAGGCUUCGAGAGGAUUUUACCCAAUAAGACUAAAAUCCUCCGGCUGUGGAGUGCCUGGGGGGACGAGCAAGAGAACGUCCGCUUCGUCCUGGUCAAGAACGAGGCCUCGCUGCCUAAUAACGGGCCCCGCAGCGCCGAGGCCCGUGUGGUCCCGAGCCGCGAGAGCGGAGGUCCUGGUGGAGUUCUUAAAGGCACCGCCAGGACCUGCUGGACUGCCGCGGCUGCCGCCGCAAACCUGUCCCAGGAGAAACAGAGGCGCAUAGUCAGGAAGGCUUUCAGGAAGUUGGAUAAGAUGAACAAAAAGAAAGAGCAGGCUAUCUGUAAAGAUAAAGGUUCCGUGGAGAAGAUGGAGACGCUGGUUCACCUGGUCAUCUCCCAGGAUCACACUAUACGCCAGCAGAUUCAGAGGAUUAAGGAGCUGGAUCGCGAGAUUGAGCGAUAUGAGGCUAAGGUGCACUUUGAUCGCAUCAAGAGACACGGGGUGAACUAUGUGCAGGACACAUACAUGGUGGAUUCCUCCUCGGAGGCUCCCAAUCCCCCGGACUGUAAGCGCAAAGCGGAGCGGCAGGACGCGUGGUGCUCAGCGGAGGCGCUCACGCAGUUCGAGGAGUACGCGCGUCAGUGUGAGGAGGUGGUGCGGCUUCAGGAGGAGCUGGCAGAGCGAGAGGCGCUCGUGGAGUGCAUCACAGGAGAGAUCCAGGAGGAGCUCAACCGAAGGUGGAUGAAGCGAAGGCGGGAGGAGAGAGGAGCGGACGCAGCACAGGACACAGACUGCGCCGUGGAGGAGAUGUGUGUGGCCUCCUCCACUGCUCCAUCAGUAGAACCAGAGGUGGAAAGUUUCUCUGAGAAUGAGCUGGCUCUGGAGGAGGAGAGAAUCAAAACGCAGCUGGACACCAGUCUGUAUAUCGGCCUGCGGCUGAAGACAGAUUUGGAUGCCAUCAGGGGAGACUUGGACCUGAGUCUGGCACUCUGGGAGACUAAGGAGAGUGAACUUCUGGACCUACUGGCCAAAAUUGAGACCAUGGACAUAGAACAGGUGAACAGCAAACUGACUGACGGUGGUAAGGCAGAGCUGGGUGCAGAGAAUGCUGAGGCCGAGCAAGCAUCAGCAGAAAAGAGCAGUGGCUGGGUGGAGCAGGCUAGAGGUCUGUCCAAGGCCUGCAAUACAAAUGAUGAGGACUCAGACACAGGCCUGAGCUCUAUGCACAGCCAGGACUCUGAUAACCCACCUGUGUGUGAGUCACUGGUGUAGACUGCUUUCAUUGAGCUCAUGUUCAACUUUUAUGCAAAUCAAAGCUACAAACUCAGGGCACAGAGCUAGUGAUGGUAUGUUCGACUCAAAUGCACCUCAGUACAUACACUGUCAUUCUACAGCAAUAAUUCUCGUAGUUGCACAAUAAGCUAACAGGGACAGCAUGCUUACAGAUAUCUGAUAGGCACUGCACCACCACAGCUGACCUUUGACCUCAAUGAGGAGGAUCAACAAACUAAUGAAUAAGAAUAAUGCCUAGAGGAGUUUUGUGAUAAGCUACGUGUGAUAUAUAGUCUUCCAUAUGAAAAGGUCUUCAGGACUUAACAGCUUGCUAUGUGAGUCGCUAAAAGUUAACAUAAGGCUUUUAAAGAGUCUAAGUAGGCCAGAGGGCAGAAAACAUGGCAUGCAAACAUGAACUGAACCUUAAUGAACCUUUAAGUGCUGUACUGUCAGUUUCAGAUAUGCUAGGAUCAUUCUUCAGUCAAUGCACAAUGAUGAAAGACUUUAACUGAUCUAUUUAGUUAGUAAAUAAGAUUAGAAAUUGACCUGCAGAACUAAGAAAAAUGUCCGUUUGAGAAAUAGCAAAGAUUGUACACUUCUUAAAUUGAAAUUUUACCUAAAAAUUACAGUCUGAAAAGCACAAAAGUUAUUAAUCCCUAGACAGCUGCAACUCCAUCUUAAGUUUGUCCCCCCAUUGUCAGCUCUUCUUCAUAUUCUGUUUUACAUUGUGGCUUUAAUAUUUUGGCUCGUGACCCAUACAAAGUUAACAGAUAAACCAUCAUGAAAACAAAAAUAACUGAAAGAAAAGUAUCAUAAACCAAGCAGCUAUUGCACCCUAAAAUGGCUUGAAGUUUAUUUAAGUACCAAAACAUUAAAUACAAACAUCAUAAAAAUAUCCUAGUUUGUACAAUUAUAAAUAUUUUAGUAAAUGAUGGAAUUUGUUCAUCGAUAUAAAUGAUCAGGUUAGAUGACCUCCAAUUCAAAGUUUGGAUACCUCGGGCUAAGACGGUAAAAGACGAUUCAGUGUCAGAUAUACUGUAGAGACAAUCAAAGACAGAUUAGGAGCCAAAACAACAAGUUUGGGGCAUUUCUUUAAAGAGUUGCAACGGCAUGGUAAGCAUUAUUAUUGGUAUUUCUCUUCUAUUAAUGUAGGAGGCUCACAUGAGAGACAGACUUCAAAUGAAUCUGUAGAGGUUCCUAGAAUGGGUUAAGCUGCUUAAACACACUAACAAACUACACUUCCUAUAAUGCAACAUGUUCCCACUUUUUACUGCCAGACUUCUAAUUUGGACAGCAGGGCUUUAGACAAACAUUAGAUAACUCAAAUGACAUCAUCAGGAUUAUCUGAAACUUCCCCCCCAAAGAACCACAAGCUAUUAUACAACUAUUUUCACGACAAGCUGAGUAGUUGUCCUCAUAACAUAACAUGCAUAAUUUCACAUGUGAGAGGGAUGGAGAGCAAAAAUGCUUUUAUUGAUCCUUAUUGGUCAGCUCUACCUCUACAGAGGAACUGUAAUAGCAUGCUAAGUUGGCAACAAAACAACAGGAAAGUAAACAUCCAAAAUUAAAUGUAGACGAUUUCAGAAAGGGAGAAUUGACAUUUAACUGCCUCUUAAUAUUGAAGUCCCUCAAUGAGGCAGUGGUACGUAGUUGCAUAAAAUAAAUGUGAAAAAACUGUCAAACUAAUUAAUAAUUAGUAAAAAAAAAUGUUGCCUUAAAUUUUUGUCCAUCUGUGAGCCUAAAAGUCUGAUAGAUACAGAUUUAAGAUGCUUUUGGGAUGAAUGCCCAAAUUCAGUAAUCCCCAGUUCUUGCAUCUGUGAAGGCUUGGACAUUAAAAGAAACUAUUUUAAGCCUUGGAUCAAAUUUAGCACAGAAAAAAGUUAAUGCAAAGCAGUAUUAGUGCUUAUAAGUUUUUAUUUCUAGGAGCUGCAUAGGCUUUGAGCAACAGGAAAAAGAUGAAACUAUCAAAAUAUUCCAUAUGAGGGUGUGUCACUAUGCAUUUUUAGACUGUUGUGAUGUCAAAUUUUCCACUUUCACUCUAAAAUGUUGAAAUGUAAUAACUGUGGGACACUUGAUGAUACUGUCUCUGUGGAGUUAGAUGUGGACACAAAAAUGACCUACAGUAUGUGUAGGUAAAUAUUUCACUGGAUCAGACGGGAUUGUUUGGGCUGCUCAGUCUCUCACAUUCAGCCUGCUUGGUCUGUACACAGCUUUAGAUCAGAAACUACAGUAAGAAAUACUCAAAUACUCACAUGCACUGGGGCUGCAUCGUGGCAGUAGUCAGCCUGUUACACACAGAACUGUUAGUAUUGAAAUAAACAGCUAACCAUC